UAUGUUUGUGAGGGUCUGCAGAAAAACACAGUGUCUCCUGGUGGACAUGUUUCCUCUAAAAUGCAGCAUUGUUGGUUCCUCUUUCCCAGCCAAUCCGGAGCUGACAGCGGUGAUCUCAGAGAUAAUGAUGUACGUGCUGAUCGUGGUUCUGCAGCUGUGGCUCAUUAUAGUUAUGGUCUACUGUUAUAAGAAGAUUUCGGAGGAGCACGAAGCUCGGGAGGCCCGUAAAGCUCUCAAGGCUCAGGCACAACUAAUAGAAUCAAAAGACAACUGUGACGGGGUGCAGCUAGAGUAACACUACUGGUGAAAAAAGAUCAUCUCUGCAAGAGUCAAGCUUCAUUACUGUAUUUUUCUAACAAAGACACAAUUACUGUAUGAGAAGUUGAUUUUUAAACGCCUUGGUCUGCGAAGUCAUAUAUGCAACUUGUAUGGUUAAGUACAAAUAGAAGCUGAUAGGCAGAUUUCCUUUAGAUUUCAGUGAAAUGCAAUGUCAAAGGUGUGCUAUGAGACUAUUGGAUGGAUCUGUGAAAAAAAUGCCUUUAAAGGUUUUUUUUAAAAACAAAUGGCCUUCAGUGUAGGGAAUCCAAUGAAUGGUUAUUCUUAUUGUUGAAUAAUGUCAAAAAUGACUAUGUCAAUUUACCAGAGCAUAAAGUAAUGUGUCCAAACAACUUAAAGUAAAAAGUUUAUCCGUUAUCCAAUUGGCCAGUCAUGAAUUUUCUAUUCUUUCAAAUGACUGACUUAUUAAGUAAAUAUUACUGAGGCGUGUACCAUGUAAAUAUGCAAGGCUUAAUACAACCCAGGACAUUUGUAGCAACUAAUGUCCUCUUUUACUUCUAUUUUUACCACAUGCCAGAGAAAUCUGUCUUUGUAAUAAUUUUGCCAUCAGUUGAAAAUAACAAAGUAACAAAUUAGAUCUCUAUGUGCUGAACUUUGACCGUCAUGUCUUUAACACACCAAAUGAUAGUUCUUCAGUUUCAUUAACAUGACCUUCUAGGUAUCUGAGAAAACUUAUCAUGACAUUGACAUCACUCCCAAAGCUUAAGCGUUUGUUAAGCAGCAUGUCUUUAACAACACUGUUCUAGUAAAUCUAAAUUUAUAUGUUUGUGCUAGUCCACAUCUGUCCAAAUUAGUAAAUUAACUUGCAUAAACUAAAUAUUUUUGUAUAUAAUUUUUAUGUCCACUGCACUUGCUGCAUUUACUUUGUUGGCAAUGACUUAAAAACAGAAACUAAUGAUCUUAUCAGUAUUAACUUGGACAAUGAUCCACUGUUCAUCUGAGACACAACAUUUCUUGUGUAAAUACUGUGUAAUGUGUUUUAUAAAAUAUGUUCAUUUAGAGAAAUUAAUAAUGUUUUGGAGAAAAUACAUUGAUCUCUUGACAGAAUUUUGCCCUUUGCUGUUUCUGCCAGUCCCACUAGAGAAUAUGAGUAAAAACAUCUCUCCCUUAAACAUCACUUAUUUGUACGUUUCAGGCAACAUGCACACACAGAGACACACACAUACAAAAACACACACAACUACAACAGAGAGUUAAAGGACAUUUGGAGGUGAUUGUGUUGUAACUCAAUCUAGUCUGAGCUUUGCAGCAGACUGUCCAGACUACCUCCGGUUUGAAAGCAGCUUUGUUCUCCCGCUGCAGCCCGGCACCGUCCUGAAAAUGACCACACGCUACUCCUCCUCCAGCAAAAUGUGAACAUUAGAGGUUUUUUUUAUUUAUUUAUUUAUUUUUAAAUACACAAUUCACAAACUGGGCUUCAACACCAGUCUUGAGCUACAAAAGAUGAUGGUCCGCUCAGCAGGUACAAAACUGUAUCUACAAGCAAUUUUGAAUAUUUGUUAAUUAUUAAUGUGUUAAUAAUGUGUAGACUUUGCCACACGCAGUCAUAACAUAAAUAUGUUAAAGCCAAUUCAACAUAUUUUUCUUAGGAUUUUCAUGACACUGCUUGAAUGAGGUCUGAUCUAAAGACAAUAUGCUAACUCUGAACAUUCUCAUCCACAGUAAACUGUUCAUUUUAGCUGAUUGCACCAGUAUAGGACAGCCAUUUAAUUCAUGCAACACCACAACGUAACUACACUGAGCUUUUGACCUUGCCCUGUGACCUCUUCAUUUCAUUAAAUGUGUUGACAUGUUGGACAUGCUGCAUAUCUCUUCCACAUAAAAGCAUGAGCAUGAAGGAGGGCACAUUAUGACUAAGAAAAGUGGGAGGUGUACGUUUAUAUUCGAUGUUUAGCUAUGGGACUAGCUGCUUCUAAUCCUGCUGGAGACACAUGACUUGAAAUUAUCGAUGUCUGCUGAUGCCCAAUGACAGCAGGAACUGAUUCCAGAUCCUUCAAAGGUAGGCUUUUCUUUCUACUAAAAACAAGCUUGAAUAAUGAUGUAGGUAUAAUAUGUGGGAAUCAAUUUCACAUUCACUCUCAUAACACCAAAACAAACUCUGAAAGGUCAACCAAAAAAGGUGUAUUCAGCAUUCAAGCUGAAGUUUGUUGGGUAGUAGUCAGAACACAUUUCAGAGGUAUCAUUUAAAUAUAUGACAAGUGUCCCUAAAUACACAUUAAAUUGAUAUCUCCUUAUUUCCUGGAUAAAUUAGUUUAAUUAUUAAUUAAUUAAACUUUAAUUAUUUAAAAUCACAGUUAGAUAUAGGUCUCAUUCCCCUCCAUCUUUUUUUGUUGUUGUUUGUCUAAAUAUAAAACCUAUAUUAAGAUAUAAUAUUAAUAAAAUACAAACUGUGUUAAUAAUACAAAAACAAAAUUAAUUCUAGGCUGACCUUUCCUGAGACAAGACUUUUUCUUACAGUCUCUUCCUCCUCAGUUGCGGUUAGCUGAGUGUCCAGCAGAUGUCAGUCAUGCCACACAUCAACACCACCGAGCUGCAGUCGCUCCUGCUCUCCUUCCUGCAGCACUGCCUCAACAGCACAAGUGUACUGUCUUCACCAAUACCUCAGAACUACACUACCCAGCAAGCUGUGCACCACGUGGAUGGAGCCCGGGCCCACGCUCAGACUGAGGGCAUGAUGUACAUCCUCCUGGUGGUCGGUAUGUUCAGCUUCUUCACCUUCGGCAUCAUGCUCAGCUAUAUUCGCUCCAAGAAGCUGGAGAGCUCUCAUGAUCCGUACCACCAGUACAUCGCCCACGACUGGACCAAGGUGAGGAUUCCGUCCAGGGUCAUCGCUCAGGCUGUGCACAGGGAAGCUGCAGGUACCGGAGCCAGGAGCAAGGAGCCCAUCGUCAUCUGCAACCCUGCAACACUGGAGUAGCUGCCAGACUAGAAUGAGACAUUCAGCUACUUAAACAAGAUUCAAACACUCUCAACAAAGAAAUACAAACACAAUAUUUAUAAUUACCAUAACUUUUAAUGUCACAUAGCAACCAACAGUUAGUGUUAGGUAGGUUUGUAUGUUCAGAUCAGUAAUUUCACAGAAACAACUUCACAUCAUAUCAUAAAAAUGGUUCAUGUUGUAAUCUUUGUUAUCAACACAUGCAGUUCUUCACACUUUACAGUCACAGCAACUACAAUUGCUCAAUACGGUUGUAACACAGAGUAAAAUUGGUGGCAAUAUUGUGUCUGACAUACACAGAAAUAAGCAGGUGAACAAGUGUGAAAUAGCCCCAUGGACUGUAAUUAUUGGUUGACAAAUAAACCACUGAUCUCAAA